AUGCAACACCGGGUGAUUAGUGAACUGGUUAAGCGUUAUGGAAAUUCUUAUAAUCGUAUUUUGUUUACGGGCCGACUGCCACCUGCUGUCUCCGAAUUCCUCUGGCACGUGUCCACGUUUUAUAGGAAAUUAAGCAAAACCCCAACGCCGGGAAGUUAUGUCAAUGCAAAAGCAAACGAUGUCACCGAAGCCUUCCUCGAGUGCGUUCCCAAGUUCCUCGCCGCUUUGUAUUUUUUGCUCUACAAUGUGGAUAGAUGGUUCGAAGCAGUGGGAGGAGGGAAGUGGAGGUAUAAUUAUCCUGGGUGGGAGUCGACUUGGGUGAGACACUUUUGGCAACAAGAGUAUGGAGGUCGGCUGCAGGAUUAUCUCAGGGUGUCACUGAGCGAUAAGUACGGUGGCCUCAUACCUGGUGGUUUCGGCCCAGAAGAGGUGACGUAUGGUUAUGACUAUGAUCCUCUCUAUGGUUACUGGUACGGUGAGAGCAUGGUAAAUGACCUACAGAAGAUUUUGAACAAACAUAUUCAUAAGUACAACGAUUUCCGGGACGUAUUCGUCACAUCGGUGAUUUCUAAAACUGGUGCCGGCACUCAUAAAGUGAACACUGCGAACGUGCUUGCAUUGGUGAGAACGUUUUGCGAGAUUGUGGACGCUGAGGCAAAGAGAGAUGAGGGUAAAAGGUUGAAAGCCAAAUUGGAUACAACCUUGAAGGGGCAAAACAAAUGCAUAAAUUGGGAGCAAUUAAAAUCUCAUUGUUCUAGAUUGAACUCGGAAUUGGAAAAGUUGUUCAAGAACGAAGGCUUUUCCUACACCGGCCAGGCGCGGACUGUUUACGAGCUUAACACUGAGACAUUUGCGGAGGAGACGGCAAUAUGGUUUAGAAAUAAUUUGCGCAAAGUUCAAAAGAAUGUGCAACAAAUAAAUAAAAGUUUCCCAGUCGACGACACUCGAUAUUUGAAUGUUCUUCAGCAAUUCGCAACCAAAUACAUAUUCCCCUACGGUUUUAUAUUUGGUAAAGGACGAUAUGGAACGCUGGGAGACGCGUGGAAGACGUUGUCAGAUCAUUGGCCCGGUGUCAUAGAUAUGCUUGGCAGAGAUGGUGACGGCUUGGACAUGUUAAAAAGAAUUCUUGAUGGUGGGCGGUGCCCUCCGCCGGCUCCGCCCACAAAUCCCCGACUCAGGCCGCCGCCCGCUCCCAGGACUGCCAGACCAUCAGGGCCUGCCAGAACUUCGGCUGUAAGGACAACCAAUACAAGAGGCGGUGGUUCGUCGUCUGUUGGUCGUCAGGCUUCUGGUGCUAGAGGAGGGGGAGGGCAUACCUAUAGAGGCGGGUUCCACGGUAGAGGCGGGGUACGGGGGGCUCUAAGAGGCAGAGCACAAGGCCCAGGGACUCGAGCUGUCAAGGUCGUACAGAGGAGUAGAAAUACAGGGCAUACGAUGUAUACUAAGCCCCAACCCCUACAACCUCAGAAUUAUCCCCAGCCUCAUUCCCAACAACCUCUUCCUCCUGCCCCCAGUGCCCCUAGCUCCACUAGUCAGCCCGGUGCCCCGGGUCCAACUUCAAGUGGCAGUGAUGUUUCUGGUCAACAGUCUGGCACCUCUCAAGAUGCUGCACGUACUCAGACUCCGAGUGCUUCAGGUUCAGUCUCUGGGUCAACUGGUGUCCAGGGGGCUGGUAAAUGUGGUAGUGGAGCUGGAGGGGGUGUAGGACCAAGCAGUGGGAGUGAUGUGGCUGGUGGAGACCCUGCCGGGAAGGCUGCGAAAGCAGAAUGCAAUAGACAGUUGGAUGCUCAAUAUAAGACUGUCAUAGAUAAGCUUAAAAGCGAGUAUGACCAAAAAAAGAAAAAACACGAUCAGGAUGCGGAGAAGUGGCAAAAAAUAUGGGAUGAAAUGCAGGAGAAAAGGUAUACAACAUUACAAGAUGAAGAAAAUGUACAAACGCAUUUACUUAAUAAACUUGGGCCCCAACAGACGUCUUCACUUCCAACUCAGCCUGCUCAUCCUCCCAGCCAUUCCCAUCAACCUGCCGGUCACGUUCCUGGCGCAGGGCUUCAGACUCCUCAGGGACCUCCCAUUAUAGAUGGUCAACCACCGACAGACUAUCGCCUAGGGCAACAGUGGCCAUGGUUGUAUCACGAUUUGGCGCAUAUUCCAUUCGUUGGCGUUCCAGUGGAUGAGCCUCCGAACCCUGAUGAUAAAAUGAUGGAAGAUUUGUAUCAUAAAAAUAUAGAGGAAAAAAACACGGCGGGCGUAAAAAAUAGGAUGGAUAUGCUAAAAAUGCAAGCUGAAGAGAAAAAGCUCAUCGAAGAGGACAAGAAAUAUGCGGAAAACAAAUUGCAAUCGGAGAUCAGAACUCAAGAAAUCAUCGAACGCAUUAAAGAACGGAAUGAGAGAAAAAAGCAGGCCGCCCAGAAACUUAAUGCGGACAUUAAAAAUACCACAGAAGGAAUGUGGGAGACGCAGCUGCAGCAGAAUGUGCAACAUAUAUUAAAUGAUGUAAAAGACAAAGAUGCCAAGGAAAGGUUACAACACAAAAUAGCAGCGCAACAAAAAAAAUUGGAGCUGCAAGAAAUUCAGGAGCCCCCAACGUCUCCUCCCUCCACCCUUCCAAGUCAGCCCAGCCGUCCCGAUACCGGAGCUUCACGUCAGCCCACCGGCGGGCUUCAUGGCUUGCGUCCUAUUAAUCAGCGCCCGUACUAUGAACCACAGGGAGCUGGAGGUGUGGAGUCUGUUGAUCUUCCUAUGUCGUCGCUAGGCGGCGAUGAAGUUCCGGACGUCAAGUAUGAAGUGAAGCAGGCGAAAUUGGAGAAAGAGUUUCGGGACAAGGAGACGCUGCGAUCUUGGGACUGGCAAGAGAAGCAGGAGAAAUUGUUUAAUGACCUGGACAAACAUAGGACUGAAUGGGAUGCAGAGCACCAGAAGUACAAGGACAACGUAAAAUAUUCACAAAUUCCCAUCACGCUUUUAGGACAGCCAGUUUCAUCGGACGCUCCUAUGUUACCAACGGAGGCCAUCGAGCCUCCCAUGCCAUCUAUGGCAGAAUCCAACAGAAUAUUCUCUGCCAUUUCGCGCCCAAAGUCUCCAGAGUCAACACUUGUGAAAGUAGAUUUGGACCCUGUGAAGCCGUCUCAUCCAAUCACCGACAUUCAGACCUACAAUAUGCCUACGCCAACUGAUACCAAAGAAGACCGAUUUGAUCUCCGCAUCGACGUCCCCAAACUCAGACUGCCAGACAACGAUCUUGACUUCGCCUUGGACAUUGACGACGACUCGAAGCAUAUUAGCAAUGACACAGUGCCCCUGCCUGCGGAUCCGUACAUACCUGAAAUUUCAUUUAACCUCACACCUCCAGAGGCCAAGCAGUUGCCGCUGCUACCCACAGACUUCGACAAAAGUAAAAUAAAUCGCCCGGAUGUAGAUAUGUGUAUACCAGAUUGGUCUACUCAGAAACCCACGCAUGACUCUGCCGAUAUCCCCGAGACGGAGCUGUUCCCCUCCGAUGCGCCAAGCACAGUCAAGGAUAUGCUGCUUUGGAUCGCCGGAUUGCAGAACCCGAAGCACCAAGAGACUCUGAAACAGUGUAUUAAUAACGCUUUCAAGCGCGGCGAUGAUGUCUCUGCCAUCCUCCCACUCGCAGUCAACGGUGCUGCCAUCCGCCCUCAACAUGUCAUCGACACCAUCCACCUUGCCGCCGUGUUCGCAGCCUCGGUGAUCAUUUCCAUUGAACCUAACUGGAGAGUGGCAGUGUCGUCUGUAGCUUCAACGCGUAAGGACUCCGACCAAUCCAAGGACCCUGAUUGCUGCGCCCUCCUCUGCCAGCUGCGGGACUACGUCUACGCCUGCUGCCACCAGUUGGCGUUCUUAAAGUCGCAGUGUUCUCGGGAUAAUUCUCAGGGAGGAUGGCAGGAUUGUGAGUACGGCAGUAAUGUAUCGUCUCCCAACUCCCCCCUCCAAGCCUUCCUGACUGACGCCCACGACUCCAAGUUCAAGACAGAUCCCUUCGACCCGCGCGAUAUCUGUCUCAAGAGUCGUAUCAACAUGGGAUUCAGGGAGAAGGAUUUGCCUGCAUCUCAGCAAACCGGCAAACAUAUUUCCACCAUCCUCUCUCCCAUCUGUGGCGGUAAUGACCCCCUGCUGACAUUGGCCUCUUACCUCAAUUGCCUAACCAGGCGGACGCCGCGCACCACCGGGGAGCUCGUAUCGUUCUUCCACAAUUUCGGAAAAUCACUGCACAGUCAUCCUUCAGCGUUGUCUCCACUGGGCUCCGCCGUUUCCACUCGACAUGACGACUGCCCCGACUGCGACAUCCUUGGUGACGCCGACCUCAAUGCCCUCCAGGACAUCCGAGGCUCCGCCCCUCCAAGCUCCAACCACGACCACGACAAGGACCAUCCUAAGACCCUGUCCACGUUGCUUGGCUGCGGCAUCGAUAAUGCCAAGUGCCCACAACAUCUCUCGCCUAUCACCUACCGGGCUUACGCCCUGUACUCUUCCAGCUUCGUACACCACUACCUCAGCUGGGCGGCCUACCUGGCAGACAGACUGUGGGAGUCGCUGCUUAAGCUGCACAUGGAUUUCGCGGGACUUCAAUGUUCCGACGAUAAAUCCUUUCAUCAGUGUGAGAAGGCCCUGCCCCUACUCUACUCUCACGGUUUCACGCCGCCGGAGGGUGGAUUUCAGUCGCCACGCGGAUGUUCGAAGCUCAUUGACAAACUGAAAGAAGUAGUUACAGGGGGACCAAUCGCAAAUCUCAUGACCUGUAUGGAUACCUUCUUCUACGGCAUCCGUGCUCCCUUCAUCUACACUGUGUUCACACUGUGGCUCAUCGCCACGCUCUACAUUCUCCACUCACUCCUCUACCGCAUGGACGUGUUGCGCAUCCGCUCCCACCUCAUGCGCUCCAAGGCCUCUCACUUCAUCGACGUCAAGGCCUUACUCACUAAAGGCCGGAAGAUGCUCUCACUGUACAGGGACGUCGACUACUUCGACGACGACCCAAUGGGUCAACUUGGCGUGUAG